AUGCCGCCGUCAUUACCAUGUGAGUGGGACAACGACUUUUGGGCCGACGAACGCUUAUACCCUCUAGAUGCCGCCGAUGUUGAGUCGCCGCUGAAGCCAGAGGAACUACAGGUUCUGCGCGCGCAGUACGAGAAAGAGGGCGAAUAUGUUGGGCUCCAGACAAAGUUCAACUACGCAUGGGGUCUGAUCAAAUCCUCCUCACGUCCCGACCAACAGGAGGGAGUGCGCCUCCUCUCUGAGAUCUUCCGCAACUCGCGCGAGCGCCGGCGCGAAUGCCUCUACUACCUCGCCCUAGGCAACUACAAGCUCGGCAACUAUGCUGAAGCUCGACGGUACAACGAGCUGCUGCUAGAGUUGGAGCCCGCAAACCUCCAGGCCGGAAGUUUGAAGGGACUUAUUGACGAGAAGGUCGCAAAGGAGGGGCUACCUCAUUCCAUCUUAUCCUACUACCCUACGUCCCAUCAUAUCCCUCUCAGGCCCGCGACUAUGGACCAGUCCAGCAAUCAGAAUGCGCCGUCACAGAACCAACGACCCGGGCAUCGCGACAUGAUGUUUUGCCACGAGUGCGCCGACGAAUGGUAUCGGGACGAACACGGUCUUUCGUGUCCAGAAUGCGGCUCAGAUUUCACGGAGAUUAUUGAAGAUAACAAUGACCCAAGGGCCGGCACCGGAAUGUUUGGUCACGACGGCGACGAAUCCGACUCUCUGCCUGACCUCGAGAACGCUCCACCCCACAUGAAUCCGCAUCACAACCCAUGGCAGACCGACGACCCAGAGGAGGGGGAUAUUAGCAAUGUUAGAUGGACAGAGACGGGACCGGGAAGGUACAACUUGCAGGCUACCGUCACGCGCUCUGUAUCACCACAGGGCGGCAUGCCGGUCCCAGGGUCUAUAGGCGGAUUUAUGGCCAUGCUGAACGGGCUCACCGGAGCGGGAUUACGCCCACCACAGGGUCAAGCACAGGGUCAGGGCGAGGGUCUGUUCUCUGGCGCCGCACCAGGGUUCAACCCGAACCAGUCUGCUUUCCAGGAAGCUCAAAACCAGGGUCCAGGUGGUGGACCUCAAAUCCGCGGAGGGACCUUUACAUAUCACGGUGGUGCUCGUCUGUUCCCUGGAGGAGGAAACAACCCCGGACGGGCUGAGCCUGUGGACGAGAUCACCAAUGUCCUGACUGGUCUCCUGGCUACCUUUGGUGCACCACCUCCUCGCGUCCAAGCUCACAACCAUCCCUUGGGCGGCGCCGAGGGUACUUUCCGUGGCGAACACACUCAUGGUGCUGGCGAACAGUUCGCGGGACACCCUAUCCUACAACUAUUCUCCUCAAUGGGCAUGAUGGGCCCUGCUAGUAACAUGGGAGAUUUUGUCUACUCUCAAGAGGGCCUAGACCGCAUUGUUUCUCAACUGAUGGAACAAACUUCAACCAGCAACGCGCCUGGACCUGCAACGCAGGCCGAUAUCGAUGCCCUUCCUCGUACUAAUGUGACCGAAGAGAUGCUAGGCGAAGAACACAAGGCUGAAUGCAGUAUAUGCAUGGAUGAGGUCAACAUCGGCGAACAGGUCACGCUACUGCCAUGCAAGCAUUGGUUCCACCACCCAUGUGUAUCCGCGUGGCUGCUCGAGCACGACACCUGUCCUCAUUGUCGAAAGGGUAUCACCAAGGGUGGCGAGGGCCAGACGAACAACCCUGCGUCUGCAGACUCACAGACGGAUCGUACGUCCCAGAUGCCCGGCUCCUUCACUCCUUCCGGCUCGGGAACGUUCAAUGAUCCCUACGUCGUUCCUGCAGGAUCUCCACCCCCACCGUCCAACGAUCAGGGCAGCUCGUCUGAUAACGCAAAUGCAGGCCCGGGUAAUGGUGGUAUCAGUGAUCGAAUACGCAGGGGUCUGUUUGGAUCUCCGCAAUAGGGAUGAUACCCUUAUGUCGGUUAUAUCAAGCUAAUCUCCAUAUACAUGGCUAGGGCGUGACCGAUUCAGGAGAAGUAGAGAGGUAUUACGAGAGGCGAGACGUGUUAGUCGUGAACUUGCUUCUCGAUCAGAAUCGGCCGAGACUCAAUCACCAGAGAUUUUCCUCAGCGGCAGAGCCAGUACCGAAGGGGCACGUCGUGUAUCCUCCUUUCUUAGCCCACGGCCUCUACGAACAGGAACGGACACUCGCCGGUCUGCCUCUGGUCUUGAGAGCCCAAGCGAGUCUUCUCCACAGACCACGUCUGCAGAGGGCACUGCCCAUGCAGGCGGGCCUUCCACGCGAAGACACUCGCGGCGAUCUGGUCGUUCGGUAAUCAGGCGACAACGGUCCGCUUGAAUUGCGUUGGCGUCGGUACAUUGGUUUAGCGGUGGGUGUCGUUGUCUUUCCUUCCCCGCGUGUUUGCUCAGUGGGUGCUGUACAAAGUCUUC